AUGGCCCUCCUGACAUUCUCUCUCCUUCUGGCAUGGCUGCCACUGGUGGGGGGCUGGCAGGAGCCUGACCAGAGCCAUGGCUGUGCUGGUGGCAGCUGCUACCCAGCCACUGGGAACCUGCUGGUGGGGCGAGCCCCCCGCCUGAGUGCCACCUCCACCUGCGGGCUGGACGGGCCCCAGGAGUACUGCAUCGUCAGCCACCUCCAGGACUCGGAGAAAUGCUUCACCUGCGACUCCCGGGACCCAGCCCUGCCCGAGAGCCACCGCAUCGAGAAUGUCAUCUACCUGACUGGCCCCCAUGGCCAGCGGACCUGGUGGCAGUCAGAGAACGGUGUGGAGCAUGUCAGCAUCCGUCUGGACCUAGAGGGAGAGUUCCACUUCACCCACCUCAUCAUGAAGUUUAAGACCUUCCGUCCCGCGGCCAUGCUGGUGGAGCGCUCAGCUGACUUUGGGCACAGCUGGAAGGUCUACCGCUACUUCGCCUACAACUGCUCCAAGCUCUUCCCUGGCAUCCCCAGCCAGCCCUCGGGGCUGGUGGACGAGGUGUUGUGUGACCAGCGCUACUCUGAGAUCGAGCCCUCCAGCCAUGGGGAGGUCAUCUUCAAGGUGCUGGACCCCUCUAUCCCUGUGGUGGAUCCCUACAGCCCGGACAUCCAGGACCUGCUGCGUGUCACCAACCUGCGGGUGAACCUCACCAAGCUGCACACACUGGGGGACAACCUGCUGGACACGCGCCGGGAGGUGCUGCACAAGUACUACUAUGCCGUGGAUGAGCUGGUGCUGCGUGGGAGCUGCUUCUGCCAUGGCCAUGCUGCCCAUUGUGCCCCGGCACCCGGUGCUCCAGCAUCCUCCAUCCCUGGCAUGAUCCAUGGGCGCUGUGUCUGUGAGCACCACACACAGGGGCUGAACUGUGAGCGCUGUGAGGAUUUCUACCACGACCUGCCCUGGCGCCCGGCCGAGGGCUCCAGCACCAAUGCCUGCCGCCGCUGCGACUGCAACGAGCACUCACAGCGGUGCCACUUCGACAUGGCCGUCUUCCUGGCCACGGGGAACACCAGCGGGGCCGUGUGUGACGGCUGCCAGCACAACACCAUGGGCCGCCGCUGCCACCUCUGCAAGCCCUUCUACUACCGGCACCCCCGCUCCGAUAUCCGUGCCCCCACUGCCUGUGCCCCAUGCGACUGUGACCCGGCCGGAUCGCUGGACGGAGGUGCCUGUGACGGGCACACGGACGUGGCGCUGGGCAUGAUCGCGGGGCAGUGCCGCUGCAAGGAGCACGUGGCCGGGCCCCGCUGUGACCGCUGCCAGCACGGCGCCUACGGCCUCAGCCAUGGAGACCCACAGGGCUGCCAGCCGUGCAGGUGUGACCCGCGGGGCACGGUGGCGGGCAGCUCCCCCUGCGACCCGUGCUCCAUGGAGGAUGGGGCAUGUCCCUGUCGUCCUCACCUCAUGGGGCGGCAGUGCGACCAGGUGCAGCCCGGCUUCUUCUGUGCCCACCUUGACUACUACACCUAUGAGGCUGAGCAGGCCACUGGCCAUGGUCAUGGCCACCCCCAGCUCCCGGGCGCUGUCCGGGCCGAGGUGCCCCCAGACUGCCUGGAGUAUGACACUGGGGAGCCUGGGGGCCGGAAGGGGCACCCACGGCCCCACCGCAGCUCCCCCCGCACCCUCCAGCCCCGCAUCCCCCCACGCCGCACCCGCCAGCAGCCCCCCAAGCCAGAUGUGGAGGAGGUGGUGCGGGACGGCACCGGGCGCAUGGUGACGUGGACAGGCUCAGGCUUUGCCCGGGUGCGGGACGGGGCUGGCCUGACCUUCCGAGUGGACAACGUGCCCUACCCCAUGGACUACGAGCUGCUGCUGCGCUACGAGCCCGAGUCGGCCGAGGAUUGGGAAGCCGUGGUCAGCGUCAGCUCCCGGGUGCUGCCCACCAGCCCUCGCUGUGGGAACCUGCUGCCCUCCGAGCAGAUGUACCGCGAGAGCCUGCCCCACAGCCAGAGGUAUGUGCUGCUGUCCCGGCCCUUCUGCUUCGAGCCCAGCACCCCUUACGAGGUGACAAUGCGGCUUCAACGGGCUGGAGUCACCCAGCGCCACCCUGGUGCCUUCAUCCUCAUUGACUCGGUGAGGCGGGUCCCCCUGCAUCCCACACAGGGGGCAUGCAGGACCUGUGCCUGCUCACCGGAGGGCUCAGUGUCACAGCUGUGUGACAUAGUGAGUGGGCAGUGCCGGUGCCAGCCUGGUGCUGUGGGCCGGCAGUGUGACCAGUGCCAGCCCGGCUACUGGGGCUUCCCUGCCUGCCGGCCCUGCCAGUGCAACGGGCACGCCGAGGACUGCGACCCCCGGACCGGCAGCUGCCUGCACUGCCGCGACCACACUGACGGGCGGCACUGCGAGAGGUGCCAGGAUGGGUACUAUGGGGACCCAGUGCUGGGCUCGGGGCAGCAGUGCCGGCCCUGCCCCUGCCCUGGCUACCCCGGCACACAGCACUACCAUGGGAGCGCUUGCCAUGCUGACGAGGAGACCCACCACAUUGUCUGCCUCUGUGCACCUGGAUAUGCUGGGCCCCGCUGCGACCGCUGCUCCCCUGGCUACUUUGGUGCGCCGGAGGUGGAGGGGCCGCUGGGCGCUGAGAGCCUGCAGUGCGAGCAGGUCAGCGGGCAGUGCCGCUGCCGGCCGGGCUUCGGGGGGCUGCGCUGCAACCGCUGCCAGCGGGGCUACCAGGACGCCUUCCCCCGCUGUUCACCCUGCCACCCCUGCUUCGGGCACUGGGACCCUACCCUGGGAAGCUUGCAGGACAGGCUGCAGCACUUGAGGAUAACGGAGCUGGAUGACUUCUGGAAACAGCUCCAAGACCUGGAGCAACAUCUGGAUCAGCUGGCACAUGCAGAUGUCCGGCAACGUGACCGGCUGGCCGGGCUGAGCCAUCAGCUGGGCGGUCUCAACCAAACCACCUCCCACCUCCAGAUCCUGCUUGGCACCGUGGUGGCAGCUGGAUUCAGCGAGUCGUACCGCAGCAUCCUGGCAGCAGCGGAGGACUCGCGGCGGGCGGGGGGGGGGGCCGAAGGAGGGCUGGACAGGUCACAGAUGACACGGCGGGCGGCCGAGCGGGCGCUGCGGCAGCGGGGCGAUGCUUUCCACCGCGGCGCUGCUGCGGCACGGAAAUCCUUGCGGGAAACACGGAAACGGGUGAUGGGACUCAGCAUCACCAGGGUCAAUGAGAAGAUUUGUGGGGUACCUGGGGACCGGAGCUGCGAGCAAGCACCUUGUGGAGGAGCCUUGUGCCGGGACAGCAUGGGGACACGGCGCUGUGGUGGCACAGGAUGCACAGGGGCACUGCCUGUCUCAGCUCGGGCCCUGAGCAGCGCCCAUAACACCUCACAGCAGCUGGAGGUGGCACUGGGACAGCUGGGGGUUGUGGUGCAGAAGACGCAGGAGGUGCAGGAGCUGGCCCGGGGGGCACGGAGCCAGGCGGAGGAGGCCCUGGGGCGCUCGCAGGCCACUCGCAGCCGCGCUGAGAAGGCGACAGCCCAGCUGCGGGCUUUCACCCGCCGCAUCAAGGCCUUCCUGGCAGAGGAAGGAGCUGACCCAGGCAGCAUCGAGCUGGUGGCCCGGCAGGUGCUGACCCUCUCCCUGCCCAGCAGCCCUGGCCGGAUUCAGGAGCUGCUGCAGGAGAUGCGGAAGAGCAUCGAUCAGCUGGAGGGGGUGGAUGUGGUGUUGAACAGCACAGCACAGGGGCUGGCCAAGGCACGGGGCCUGCUGGCAGAGGGACAGGAUGCCAGGGAGCGAGCGGAAGGUGUGAGAGAUGAGCUGGUGGGGACACAGCGGGCACUGGAGGCAGCACGGAUGCAGGCAACAGCAGCAAGGAGCACCCUGCGGAGCUCCAGGGAUGCCAUCCGGGCGGCCGACAGCAGAGCCAAGGAGGCGGAGCGCAGGCUGCGGGCCCUGGAGGGGAAGGGGUCACAGGCGCAGCGGCGGCUGCGGGAGCUGGCGCAGCGCGUCGCCGCCCUGCAGGAGCGGGGCCAGGAUGCUCGCCGCCUGGCACAGCAAGCCAGGGAUGGGGCGCAACGUGCCACUGCCACCUCGGGGACACUCAGCCAGGACCUGGCGCAGGUGACGCAGCGCUACGUGGUGCUGAAGGGCCGGGUGAGCGGGCUGGCCGGGGUGUCUGGUGGGGCCCUGCAGCGGGUGACACAGCUGACAGCGGAGGCCAGGGACCUCCUGAACAAAGCCAACAGCAACAAGAGGAAGCUGGAAGAGCUGGAGCAGCACUUCGGGGCCAACGAGCGGGUGAUGGCGGCGAAGGCAACGCGACUGCUGGCGUUGGAGCAGUUCUCCCGCGCCUCCGCCUACGACUGUGCCACCGCCUUCCCCCACAUCCCCCGCGGGCCCCCACGCCGCUUCGACGAUGUCGUCUGCGAGUCCCGCUACUCUGACAUCGAGCCCUCCACGGAGGGGGAGGUGAUCUACCGGGUGCUGGACCCUGCCAUCCCCAUCCGGGACCCCUACAGCCCCUCCAUCCAGAAUUUGCUGCGUGUCACCAACCUACGGGUGAACCUCACCAAGCUGCACACACUGGGGGACAACCUCCUGGACUCACGGCGGGAGAUCCGGGAAAAGUACUACUAUGCACUCUACGAGCUGGUGAUGCGUGGGAACUGCUUCUGCUACGGGCACGCCUCUGAGUGUGCCCCACUCGCCGGGGCCACGGCCACCACUGACGGCAUGGUCCAUGGGCGCUGCGUCUGCAAGCACCACACACAGGGGCUGAACUGUGAGCGCUGUGAGGACUUCUACCAUGACCUGCCCUGGCGCCCAGCCAAGGGCUCCAGCACCAAUGCCUGCCGCCGCUGCGACUGCAAUGAGCACUCACGGCGGUGCCACUUUGACAUGGCUGGCUUUCUGUUCACCGGGGACAACAACGGCAAGGACCUGCGGGACCCUGCCGUGUGCCGAGCCUGUGACUGUGACCCUGAGGGCUCUCUGGAUGGUGGGCUGUGCGAUGGCGCUGAUGACCCGGCCCGGGGGCUGAUCGCGGGGCAGUGCCGCUGCAAGGAGCAUGUGGCCGGGCCCCGCUGUGACCGCUGCAAACCCGGUUUCUUCGGCCUCAGCGCUGCCACCCCGCAGGGCUGCCAGCGGUGCCAGUGUGACCCCCGUGGCACGGUGGCCGAGGGCAGCCGGUGUGACCCCCUCAGCGGUGAGUGCUUCUGCAAGAGGCUGGUGACCGGGCGCAACUGUGACCAGUGCCUGCCUGAGCACUGGGGCCUAAGCCACGACCUCCCAGGCUGCCGACCAUGUGACUGUGAUGUGGGAGGUGCCUAUGACAACUUGUGUGCCAUGGAGACGGGGCAGUGCCGGUGCCGGAGCCACGUGGUGGGGCGGCAAUGCAGCCAGGUGGAGCCUGGCUUCUACCACAUCAACCUGGACCAUUACACCUACGAGGCUGAGGAUGCUCGACUGCAUCAGGGCUCAGUGGUGGAGCGUGAACCUCCCACAGACCACCCACCUUCGUGGACGGGUACAGGCUUUGCCCACAUGAGAGAGGGCAGCUGGGUGGAGUUUCAUGUAAGGGACGUGCCUUUCUCCACUGAGUACGACGUGAUCAUCCGCUACGAGCCCCAGCAGCCAGAGCCCUGGCAGGAGGUGAGGGUGAGGGUGCUGCGCCCCAGCCCCGUCUCAGCCAGCAGCCCUUGUGGAAACACCAUCCCGUCCGACGACCAGCUCUCCACCAGCCUCCCCUCCGGUGCCAGGUAUGUGGUGCUGCCCUGGCCUGUCUGCCUGGAGCGAGGUGUCUCCUACACCAUCCGUCUGGAGCUGGGCUGUGCCACUGCUCGGCAGGAUCCCACUGCCAGCGUGCUCAUUGAUUCGCUGGUUCUCCUUCCCCGUUACUCCUCGCUGGAGAUGUUCAUCGCGGGCGACCCUGGCUCCAUGGAGCGCCGGCAGACCUUCGAGCGGUACCGCUGUGCCCAGCCCUUCCACGCUGCGGGGCCCUCGCCCGUGGCUGAGCCCUGCUACAGCCUCCUCCACAGCCUCUCGGCCAUCCUGCACGACGGGGCUCUGCGUGAGGGGGCUGUGUCCACGGCUGACAGUGCCCUGGCCCGGGCACGCCAUGCCCAGGAGGAGCUGCGGCAGGCUGCUGGCGAUGUGGCCCAGCUCUCCCACAAGGUGGCUGAGGCCAAGGGGAAGGCAGAUGAAGCCUGGCUGCGGGCACAGGCAGCCCUGGACAAGGCAAACCAGACCAGAGCCCGGGUGGAGAGCUCCAACAAGGAGCUGCGGGCGUCCCUCCGCCAUGUCAAGCCCUUCCUGAGCCAGGAGGGGGCUGACCCCGAGAGCAUCGAGGUGGUAGCCAGCCGGGUGCUGGAGCUGUCCCUCCCCGCCGCGCCGGCUCAGAUCCACCGCCUGGCUGAGGAGAUCAAGACACGGGUGCGCAGCCUGGCCAGCGUGGACGCCAUCCUGGAGCAGACAGCCGGUGACGUGCGCCGAGCUGGGCAGCUGCUGCAGGACGCCCAGCGGGCCAGGUCGCGGGCAGAGGGGGUGCGGGGCACAGCCGAGGCGGUGCGGCAGGCGCUGGAGGAGGCACGGCGAGCCCAGGGCAUGGCCGAGCAGGCACUGCACCAUGCUGCUGGUGACAUCCAGCACAGCGAGAGAGCCAUCGGCACGAUGCAGGACCAGACGGCGAGUGCAGAGCAGCGGCUGGCAGGCGCCAUGGGGCAGAUCGGGCUCCUGGAUGGACAGACUGAUGCCCUGAAGGUGAAACGUGCCAACAACAGCCUGGCAGCCACGCGUGCCCAGGAGGCAGCCAGCGCUGCCCGAGACCGAGCCAGCGAGGCCAAGCAGGCCACUAGUUCCUUGCCGGAGAGUUUGACCACAGAGAGUCGCCAAGAUAGCUGGGCCAGGAAGAAAACGUCGCACCCCUGA